GUUAAUAAAUUUUUUAGAAAAUGAAUCAUGAUUAAUAAAUUAAAAGAAAAAACAGAAUUCUUCUAUUUUCUAUUAAAUCACCACUUUAGCAUACUUCAUUUAAUGUUUAUUUUUGCGUUGCAUUUUGGCGGGUAAUUUGCAUAAAGUGCGAAGUCGCUGUGAGUCGAACGUUCGUUUUUGAAAUGGAAAAUUUACAUGGAAGUAACUCAUUGAAUGAAAUUUUAAAGUAUGGAAGAAAAGGAAGAUAUGGCAGCAUCAUCUUCAAGUCGUGGUGUAGAAUGUGGAGUGAAAUGGAAUUGCCGAAAUAAACGACUUUUAAAGAAAAAAAUAAGCUUAAUGCAUCUUUUGAAGGUGAUUUGUGCUUCCCAAGAAAGCUGUAUUGAUUGGCUGAAAAGCCAGGGUCUUAUACCUAAAGUAGUGUUUUGUUCAACCUGCAGAAACAAGAUGAAAUUUGAGCGCAAAGAAUCGGCAGUUGAUGGAUUUGUUUGGAUAUGUAAGGAAUGCAAAACAGAAUCACCCCAAUGCUCAACUCGUGAUGGCUCAUGGCUUGAAAAUAAAAAUCUUUCUUUGGUUGACAUUUUACUUUUUACCUAUCUAUGGUCUCAUGGAUUUACUGAAGUACAGAUUGUUAAGGAAGCCAAUUUAGAACCAGAAGUUGUUAAAGAAUGGAACCAAAUGUAUAUUGAUAUUUGCGAAGCAGUUGAAAAGAAAAAUGCUAUGAAUGAUGAAAACUAUGGAGAUGAAAAUGCUUCAAAAUCUGGAAAUAUAUCUCUGGUUGCUGCUUGGAGAAAAAAGAACAAACUAAAGGAUCCUUUCCUUGAAUUUUUGAAAGAUGCUGAUUCAUUGUAAUUUUUGGAGGACAGUGGCAUAUACUUAUAUAUAAAAAAAUAAAGUUAUGUGUUGAAUUUGUUUAUAUUGGCUACCUUAUUGCAUGAAUUUGUUUCAUAUUAGUAUACUGCAAAGUUUUAGGGAAUUGUAAUACUUUUUAAUAGAACUUCAAUUAGAAUUACCUUACAGUUUUUACAUGCAUGUAUUCUUUUGUUUAAUAAACAUAUUUUUGGAUGAUUUAUUUUUCAAUAAUUAAAAGUAAAAAUCUGAUUAGAAAUUUGUUGCUCUCCUUCAAAAAGUUGGUGCUUACAACAAAUGUUUGUUUACUACCUAUAUAUGGUAUCUACUUUACAUGUUUGUUUAGUGUCUCAUUUUUAUUAAAUGGAUGAAGCAGGACUCAAUGUUAAUUUACAGGUCAAUUUUAUUUUGUAUAGAAAAUUUGAUUUUAGCCAUUAUAAGAUCAGCAGCUGCGUCUUUGAAGAUUUGCAAAUUAUAAGAUUUUACUUUUUUACUGUAAAGGUGUUUUUAAUUAGCAAAAAAUAAAUUUAUUUAAGCGGCAUUUUAAGCCAGAAUUCAUCUUCUA